AUGGGUGAACCUUAUUGGGUUGCCGAGGUUCAAAAUUCCCUGCACCUUCUAGCUGAGAAUCUCCACGAGCGUCAGUUCGAUGGAAAAAUGUAUGACAGGCUUCCUUCUUUCAACAAUUCCUGUCAAGAAUACACGUUGGCGCCAUAUGAUGAGCUCAAGCUGGCCAACAACCUGGCAUUUUUAGCUUGUACCGAGGAGGGCGGUGAUAAGGUUUCUGCCGUGUGCUUCGAAGAAUAUCGCAAUGAGUUGACUAUACGCCUAGUAAGCAACAAAUGUCCUGGUAACGAAACAGUGGAAUUGCUUCAGAAGAUAGCGAGCAGUCUCGCCGACUAUGCCAGUAGUAAGAUUCAUCGCGAGGCCUUUAUGGAAGAAGCUUUUGCCACAGUGAUUAACCUGUGCGGCACCCGCAUACUACAACGCACGCGGCCAUGUUGGGCCAAGAAACCACACCGGCUAGAGAAGAAGGCAUCUCCCUUGCAGAGUCUCGACAAUGACUGGGCUCUGCUGACUGAAACCCUGCAGAGGCGGUUUGCAACGACCCUCCAUGCGCUGGAGAAGAUGCGAGAACACCUACGUUACCUUAAUACGAUAAAACAUGACAGCAAAGAUUUAAGAGAGACGCUCCAAAACAUCGUCUUGGCAGCCUACGACGCCUCUGCUACCGAGACGCCACGAAAGCUGGAGGAGAAACUGAGGCGUUGCGGGCCUGCGGGCUUGGGUCUCGCUGGCAGGACCGCUGUUCGGCAGGUGGACAAACUAGGACGCUACUACGGCGUCUGCAAGGACUUUGCAAAGCUGGCACGGCGCCAGAGUUACCAGCCCCUAUUUUCGAGCGUUAUAGUGGCGAGGUGCGAUGCAAUGCCCGACACCUGCAGAGAUCCGGCGGGCGGGCGGAAGCUGCAUGUCCACGCAGAGGUGCAGCUCGUGAUGCACUACUUAUCUCGGAAUCUUUCGCCUGCACCCAGGGCGAUUGGCUGCAGCAAGUCGGCCUGCUUCCUCUGCCAUGCUCUCAUCAGCCGGCUUGGGCACUGGUCACUCUCGGCUUGCCACGGGAAGCUUUACUCCAAAUGGACAGUCCCAGACGGGGUACGCUUGACGCAUAGCAAGGCAAAGGAUCUUGCACGCGCAUUACGGCAGGUUCGGGAUGAGCUGAAGACGCUUGGUGCGGGGGCGAAAGUGCAAGUAGCCGAAAGCCCAGCUCUUUCGCUCAUAUCUGGCCCGUCGACGGCAACGUUGCUUUCUAUAGCAUCGGGGUCAAGCUCAACAUCUAUGAAAACAAUCCGUCCUAACAGCACUGCGAAGACGAACGCACCCGCUUACGUUGAUGCAAGCACAGUCAAGGCGCCAACAGGGAGCACAACUUCUGCAGAAUUAGUAUUCGCAAAAGCACAGAGCAAUCCAUACCCCGAUGUGGGAAUAUCAACUUCGGAUGGACCAUGCAAUAAUACCGGAUUUGUAGCCGGCGUUGGAACAACUAACUCACCAGCCGCGACGCUGCAGGUAAAGGAAAACGAUUUGCCGUACGAGGUCGUCAUUUUCAAUUACAGCCUGCCGUUGCUCGACCUCCAACUUGGGCUUCUGUCGCUGCAUAUCGAUUUCACAGAAAUUAGCGUCGGUCGAAUAAAAAUAUCGCGUUAUGUUGGCAGUGACGAGCUGGUCCUGUCUUUGGAAGCUACCAACUUACUUUCCGCUGAGCCGGGUCGGACGCUCAGCUGCGAGCGAGGAAGUAAUGUAUUUCGUUUCAAUUUGCUGUGUUUCGAACGCGUUACGACGCAGGUGGAGAUAAUAUGGGGAACGACGCAAACAAAUCUUUAA